AUGGCAGGUGUUGGGGAUGCAGCGCUGGUAGCAGGCAGCAGUGGAGGUGCUGACAGCCCCAAUGGGUCCCGGCGAGAGCGGGACCGCAGUGGGAUGGUGGAGCAGAUAACAUUUUAUGCAAAUAAUACCAGAAAUUCUUUAGAUCCUUCUCAGUGUGAGCACAGAUUGUGUCCAUGUCAUUCUCUAAAUAUUUCGCUUUCGGAGAAGAAGAAGGCCGCUGCGCCUGCUCCGGAGGAGGAGAUGGACGAGUGUGAGCAGGCGCUGGCAGCGGAGCCCAAGGCCAAGGACCCCUUUGCUCACGUGCCCAAGAGUACCUUUGUGUUGGAGGAAUUCAAGAGCAAGUACUCCAACGAGGACACGCUGUCGCUGGCACUGCCGUACUUUUGGGAGCACUUUGAUAAGGAUGGCUGGUCCCGGUGGUAUGCCGAGUACCGCUUCCCUGAAGAGCUCACCCAGACCUUCACGAGCUGCAACCUCAUGACUGGAAUGUUCCAGCGGUUGGACAAGCUGAGGAAGAACGCCUUUGCCAGUGUCAUCCUCUUUGAAACCAACAACAGCAGCUCCAUUUCUGGAGUCUGGGCCUUCCAAGGCCAGGAGCUCGCCUUUCCGCUGAGUCCAGACUGGCAGGUGGACUACGAGAAACCAAAGAGUACAAGACAUAUCUGUGUGAAGAAGCAUUUUGUAAGUAGGUUCUCCAGCAUUAGCUGCCCAGACUUUUGCCAUGUCAGAAAGAGUUGA